GUCUUGCUCUGUAUAACAUAUACCUCCACAUUUGAGCUGAAUGGGAGUUCAGUGUUGAAGAUUGCUGAGGUUUGCAUUGAGACAUAUGUAUCUAGCUGUCACCAGCGGAGCAUUAACACCGCUGUGCGGGCAACCCUCAGCCAAAUGUUGAGUGACUUGACUUUACAGUUACGACAAAAGCAAGAAAAUAUGACAAUUGAAAACCAUGACGCCUUGCAGAAAUUCAAGACUCAAGGUACUUCAGCUGAGUCUCUUUGUGAUGAUGUUGUAUCUGUCCUCACUGUGCUCUGUGAGAAGCUCCAGGCUGUCAUAAAUGACAAUCGGCAACUUCAGCUUCUUUACUUGGAGUGCAUCCUCUCCAUGUUAAACAGCUCCUCUCCCAGCAUGCACCAGCACAAAGGAUUCACUGAUCUAAUAUGGAAGCAACUGUGUCCAGCCCUGGUAGUAAUCCUGGGAAAUCCAAUCCAUGACAAAACUAUCACCUCUGCCCACAGCAGCAUCUACCUUGAGGCUGAUUCACCUUCCUCAGGGAUCUCCGAUCAUGGCCGGGGUUCAGGUUGUUCCUCCACAGCACCUGCGCUUAGUGGGCCAGUUGCACGGACCAUAUAUUAUAUUGCAGCAGAACUGGUUCGACUGGUAGGGUCAGUGGAAUCCAUGAAGCCUGUGCUGCAGUCUCUCUAUCACCGGAUAUUGCUUUACCCACCACCUCAGCACCGAGUAGAAGCCAUCAAAAUUAUGAAAGAGAUACUUGGCAGUCCUCGACGGCUUUGUGAUUUGGCAGGGCCUUGCUCUUCUGAGUCAGAAUCCAGGAAGAGGUCUAUUUCUAAAAGGAAGUCCCAUCUGGAUCUUCUCAAGCUUAUCAUGGACGGGAUGACAGAAGCAUGCAUCAAAGGUGGUAUUGAAGCAUGUUAUGCUUCAGUGUCCUGCGUCUUUGCCCUGCUUGGAGCAUUAGAUGAGCUGAGCCAAGGGAGGGGUCUUAGUGAAGAGCAGAUCCAGCUGCUGCUCCGGCGCUUAGAAGAAUUGAAGGAUGGGACCGAGACGAGCAGGGACUCCAUGGAGAUCAAUGAUGCUGACUUUAGGUGGCAGAGGCGUAUCCUGUCCUCAGAAAAUCCUGCCUGGGAAUCAGGAAAUGAGAAGAGUCCUGAUAUUAGCAUUAGUGUUACCACAGACACUGGUCAGACCACUUUGGAAGGGGAUAUGGGACAGACAACUCCAGAGGAUAAUCCAGAAAGUCAAAAAAACUCGCUACCAUCUCCAGCUGGACACGAAAGCAAAGAGCUACGUUACAGAGAACCAGAGUCAGAAACCAUUGACCAGCCAGAUGUUGUUCAGAGAAGCCACACCAUAGUCUAUCCAGAUAUAACUAACUUCUUGUCAGUUGAUUGCAAGACCCGGUCCUAUGGAUCCAGAUACAGUGAAAGUAACUUCAGUGUAGAUGACCAAGACCUUUCUAGGACUGAGUUUGAUUCAUGCGAUCAGUAUUCUAUGGCAGCAGAGAAGGACUCAGGCAGGUCAGACGUCUCGGACAUAGGCUCUGACAAUUGCUCCCUGGCUGAUGAGGAGCAGACACCAAGGGAUUGUCCAGGUCACAAGUCCUUACGUACUGCUGCUCUCUCUCUGAAAUUGCUGAAAAACCAAGAAGCAGACCAGCAUAGUGCACGGCUGUUUAUCCAGUCACUUGAAGCUCUUCUUCCUCGGCUUAUAGCUCUUCCCAGCAUAGAGGAGGUGGAUGGAGCACUGCAGAGCUUCUCUUCAACCUUCUGCUCAGGUAUGAUGCACUCACCAGGAUUUGAGGGAAACCUAAAUUUCAGCUUCCAGACUCUGAUGAAUGCAGACAGUCUCUACAUGGUCUCACAUUACACUCUGCUGCUCAACCUAAAAUUGGCCAACUCGGAUUACUACAGGAAGAAGCCUGCCCAAGCCCCUGUGUUGCUGAAGGAGUUCAUGAAGCAGGUGCAGUCCAGUGGAGUGUUGAUGGUAUUUUCCCAGGCCUGGGUUGAAGAACUGUACCACCAGGUACUAGAAAGGAACAUGCUGGGGGAAGCUGGAUACUGGGGAAGCCCUGAAGAGCACAGCCUUCCACUUAUCACCAUGCUGACCGACAUCGAUGGCUUGGGAAGCAGUGCAAUUGGUGGCCAAUUGAUGGCAUCUGCUUCAGCUCAAUCUCCUCUUUCCCAAAACCGGAAGGCAGAUGAUUCUGUUGUUGCAGGAGUUGCUUUUGCCCGAUACCUUUUAAUUGGCUGUUGGAAGAACUUGAUUGACACUUUGUCCACACCACUGACUGGCCGCAUGGCAGGCAGCUCCAAGGGGCUUGCCUUCAUCUUGGGAGCAGAAGGAGCCAAGGAGCAGAACCAAAAGGAGAAGGACUCCAUCUGCGUGAGCCUGGAUGGACUGAGGAGGGCAGCCCGGCUGAGCUGUGCUCUAGGAGUUGCUGCUAACUGUGCAUCUGCUCUUGCCCAAAUGGCUGCUGCCUCCUGUGUCCAAGAAGAGAAGGAAGAAAAAGAAAUCCAAGAGCCCAGUGAUACUAUAGCUCAAGUGAAACAGAAAGUGGAGCAGAAACUGGAGCAGAUGGGGAAAGUGCAGGGAGUCUGCCUGCACACUGCUCAUGUUUUGUGUAUGGAUGCAGUCCUUAACGUGGGUCUGGAGAUGGGAAGCCACAAUCAGGACUGUUGGCCUCAUGUGUUCAGGGUGUGUGAGUACAUCAGCACGCUGGAGCAUACCCACUUCAGUGAUGGUGCUUCCCAGCCCUCCCUUACCAUCACCCAGUCACAGCAGGCAUCUGGAGGGCUGCACCCAGACUCUGAGCCUGGGGAGUCUCCCCAGGCACUGACCCCUGAGCCAGAAACCACCCUCAGCAGCAAUCCUGUCAUUCAGCCAGUUUCUAUCCAGGAACUCAUCAAGGAGAGCAGUAAGGGCAGAGCUUUUGACUUCCGUGGAGGCAGCCUGCUGUGUGGGACCAGUGCUGCCAAGGCUGUUCUCACACUCUCCACGCAAGCUGACAGGCUCUUUGAAGAUGCUGCUGACAAGUUAAACUUGAUGGCAUUGGCAGGCUUCCUUUACCAGCUCAAAAAGGCUUCUCAGGCCCAGCUUUUCCAUUCAGUCACAGAUACAGUUGAUUACUCCCUAGCAAUGCCAGGUGAAGUAAAAUCUACCCAGGACAGGAGAAGUGCACUUCACUUGUUCCGACUUGGUGAUGCCAUGCUCAGAAUUGUAAGGAGUAAAUCUCGUCCGUUGCUCCACCUCAUGCGCUGCUGGAGCCUGGUGGCACCUCACCUUGUAGAGGCUGCCUGUCAUAAGGAGAGACAUGUGUCUCGGAAGGCUGUCUCCUUCAUCCAUGACAUCCUCACUGAAGUGCUGACAGACUGGAAUGAGCCUUCUCAUUUUCACUUUAAUGAGGCACUUUUCCGCCCCUUCGAGCGCAUCAUGCAGCUAGAGCUGUGUGAUGAGGAUGUCCAAGACCAGGUGGUCACCUCUAUAGGAGAGUUGGUGGAAAUGUGUUCUACCCAGAUCCAGUCAGGAUGGAGACCCUUGUUCAGUGCCCUGGAAACAGUGCACAGCAGCAGCAAGUCAGAGGUUAAAGAGUACCUUGUAGGAGAAUACUCUAUGGGGAAACGCCAGGCUCCGGUGUUUGAUGUCUUUGAAGCAUUUCUAAACACAGACAGCAUCCAGGUCUUUGCCAAUGCUGCCACCAGUUAUAUUAUGUGCCUUAUGAAGUUUGUCAAAGGACUGGGGGAAGUAGACUGUAAGGAGAUGGGUGACUGUGUGCCAGGAUCAGGAUCUGCAUCUACAGACUUGUGCCUUCCCGCGCUUGAUUACCUCAGGAGAUGUUCUCAGUUGUUAGCCAAAAUCUAUAAAAUGCCCUUGAAACCCAUCUUCCUCAGUGGCCGGCUGGUUAACUUGCCCCGAAGAGUGCAGGAACAGUCAGCCAGCAGUGAGGAUGGUAUUGAGUGCAUCCUUUCUGACUUUGAUGACGACACUGGUAAGCUCAUUGAAAGCA